AUGGCCACUAAUGAAAGCAGCCAUGUUACAGACCAAACACAUUUUGUCUUGCUUGGCUUCCCGACCUCUCCAUUCAUUAAGACUGUUCUUACAGCAGUCUUUUCUAUUGCUUAUAUAUUCACAUUACUGGAAAAUGUAACCAUUAUUGCCAUUGUGUGGUGGGAUCCCAAACUUCACACACCCAUGUACUUCUUCCUUAGCAAGCUAUCAUACUUGGAAACCCUGUAUGUCUCUGUUACUGUUCCAAAAAUGUUGAGUGAUCUUACAACAGAAACCAAUGUGAUAUCUGUGUGGGGCUGCCUGUUACAGCUCUACUUGUUUCUGUCCAUAGGAUGUAUCGAGUGCUUUUUGUUGGCAGUAAUGGCUUAUGAUCGAUAUCUUGCCAUCUGUAAUCCACUACACUAUCAUAGUAUAAUGACCUCUACAGUGUGCUGGAUCCUGACAGGAGGUAGCACGUUUUUAGGCUUCCUUGCUUGCUCAUUCUCCAUAGGUUUAAUAGCUCAGCUGGACUUUUGUGGUUCCAGGACUAUCAACCACUACUUAUGCGAUAUUUCACCAGUCAUUCACCUUUCCUGUAAUGAUAUCUCUACAGUGGAACUUGUAAACUUUAUAUCUGCUUUGUUUGUAUUGAUUACUUCUCUAGUACUCAUAACAAUAUCUUAUAUCUGCAUCAUAUUUGCAUUGAAGAAAAUACCUUCUGAUCGAAGAUGGAAAAAGGCCUUCUCCACUUGUGCAUCUCACUUGACAGUAGUUGUUUUAUUUUUUGGAACAACUAUAUUUAUGUAUGCACGACCCCAGGCUAUUGACUCCUUUGAUUUUAACAAGUGCCUCUCUGUAUUGUAUUCUUUCAUUAUCCCCAUGUUAAAUCCAUUAAUCUACACUUUUAGAAACACUAACAUGAGAAAGAGUUUACAAACUAUGUUUAGUUUUGGGAUUCCGUUAUGUAGUAAAUAA